UCAUAAAGGAGCUCCCGCUCUACGGUAACCAGCACCCGAUGUCAAACGAGAGCCGCCUAUCGAUGCGGAAGAAGAUCUGGUCCAUGAUCGUAGCAUUCGGCCUUAUAGUCAUCUGGUUUACGCUUAACCCGAACGACAUCAACAACCCCGUGAAGCUGAAGCUCGCGGCGUAUAGGGGACGAGAUAACAAGGCCGCUAAAGCCUUCCACCGCGCACUGACUACAGCGCUAUAGGCGACGAUGCUCUCGAUAUACGACCUUCUUAGUUCGAUGCUCUUCUUCUUCCGUAAGAUCUCUCUAUUCUUUGAGUAUUAUAUUCGUUUUGGACGGCUAUAUAGCCUAUUAUAGCUAGACAGUAACCUAGAUUUAGCGAAACUCGUCUCCGAUAUAGCCAAGUCUAAUAAGGGAAAAUACUGGUCUUGUUACGAGGGCCGUCGUUCAAGGCCAGGGUCAAGCCUCUGGUGGUAAAC